AUGUCGUCUGACGAGGAGGACUAUAUGUCCAUGGUGAUCGAGGAGCCCAAGGAGAAGGAAACAUUUACACAACGGAAACAGCGCGAACAGCGAGAGGCCGAAGCUCGUGGAAGAGUUCCCUCCAAAGCUGAACGUGCAGCACAAGAUGCCCGUCGCCGAGAUGAAGCCUUGGCAACCAGCACCUUGGACCCUUCAAAUAAGGGAUUCAAGAUGAUGGCCAAGUUGGGCUUCAAACCCGGUGACUCGCUCGGAAAACGCGACACCGAUACCGACUCCUCCACCCCCGACGACUCCAAGACGAAUCGCUCCGAACCGCUGAAUCUCGUAUUCAAAGAGAACCGUGGUGGAAUCGGAUUGGACACCGAGAAGAAACGUAAAAUCCGCGAGGAGGCGGAGGAAGCCGUCAAGAAGAUCAAGCACGAGGAAGGCGAUUACCGGGAUCGGGUCCGUGAGGAACGGGAGUUAAAGCGCAUCGAGGCGCAAAUACGAGCUGCACAAAAGGUGGCCGAAAGGCUAGAUGCAGAAACCGACGAGGAAAUAGAGGAGGAUGGAGGGCAGGAAUCCAAGCCCGGGCCCAGCGACACCAAUGGCAAGAACGAGACUUCAGAAGACAAACACUCGGAAUCCCGCGACGCGCCGAAACCGAAACGCAUCAAACCCACUUCACAUAUCAAUGUGCUUUAUCGCGGCCUUGUUCGCGAACGCGAGGAACGAGAACGCGACAUCCAGGCCCGUCACGCCCUCCAACAUUCCCUUCCGUCGUCCUUCUUCCCCAGCCAGAAGCUGCCCGGGUAUGAAGAUGCCGAUUUAGAAAAAGACGACAAGCAGGCCCUGGGUAACCAGCUCGGACCAUAUACUGCUGCCGUGGAGCAAGAACUUGAAGAGGAAGAUCCGGAACUAGAUGCUUUCAAUGCCCUAGAGCCGUCCGAGCGACUACACAAAUUAGUAGUCUAUCUUCGCGACAUGUAUCGGUAUUGCUUCUGGUGCAAAUAUCGCUACGAAACAGAUGUCGAGCUGGAGGGCUGUCCUGGCUUGACAGAGGAAGACCAUGAUUGA